UGCGGUUCAGGCAGCCACACCCUAAUCUGACCAGGAAAAGAGGGAAGAAUUGGAGAAAAAAGCCACUUCAUGGCCGCAGCAGAUCGAAAACGACGUGUUCUAUAAUCCUGGCGGCCAGGCAGACGGUUGGCAGCGAUUCCGAUGGCUGAUAACCUGUCCCAGGCUGAGGCCGCUCCGGGGAGAGAUCUCGGCGUCCUCGGCUCCAGGAGAAUUUUCCCAGUGAGUGAGACUUCCAGGAAGGGGUGCUGCCUGGAAUAGGCCUGAAAGGUUCACCUCAGAAAGCUUUUCGGCCACUUUUCCCAAGUCACUCCAGUCCCCAUGGAGACAGAAGUCAAGGAGGAAGUGAUGAGCAAAGAGCUGUGUUUUGAGCUCGUGCUCAGUGAGCUCCACGGAUUCCAGGCCCAAGGUGAUCUGAUGGCCUGGGCCAGGGACCUGACAUUUGCACAGUUGAAGAACCUCACCUUGAAAGUCCUGAAUGGUUUACGGAGCUCCAACUUGACCAGAGUUCGUCACGCUGUGUGGAUACUCUCUGCCCUGGUGCAGGUGCCCAAAGCCUUAGAUGAUCAGGUGGCCGACUUUGGAAGGAGUGUGUAUAAACACCUCAUCUCCUCCUGCCCCUUGGCUGGGAAGACCCUCCUCCUAGAAGCUCUGACCCUGCUGGCCUCUCACCAUACUCAGGCAACAGUGCAGGUCUUCCUUGAGCACUCAAUACCCCUGAACUGGCAAGUCCUUGACAUAUGGAAAUUUGUGGGGGCGAAUCCUUCCAUUGCCUCCUGCAUGCUGCGGGAGUUGCUCUGUAGGGUGUUGGAACGACCUGAACCUGAGGAGAGCAAAUGCACUGAGCGGGACAGACACACCUUGGGCUCCAUUGCGGCUGUGAGCACGCUGUAUGAACUUCUCUUCGUACAAGAGUACACUAGGGCUGUGGACCAACUCUUCCCCCAGCUCUUCCUGGCCUUCAUCAUCCAGAUACAAUAUGUGCUGGAGUUGGGCCUGGCAGGGGAGCAGGUGCUCUUGGUUGUGGAGCCCACCGUGCCCUCCACCCUCAGCCCCUGGAGGACGGCCCUGGAGGCCCUGAAGGGGCUUCUUUCCACCAGGGGAUGUUGGCGAAGCUUCACAUCCAUGGAGUUGCAGGAGGGCUGGCAACACUUCUCAUCCCUGAACACCUUCCCGGAGGCUGUGACCCUUCUGGCUAGGACCCUGGUCCAGAGCAGAUGCCCGAUGGUAGCUGAACUCCUGCAAACAGUGGCCAGCUCUUUGCUGGGGAAGGGCCCGCAGGGUCGAAGGGUGGCCGUGGGGCUGUUGGCCGAGUUGAUCUGGACCCCUGCCCUGAAGAGUGUCCUGGAUCACAAGGUCGUGCAGCUCAUCCUCCGGGAUGGACUGGAGGACCCCGACCCAGUCGUUCAGGUCAUCAGCCUGCAGGCCCUCACCAGCCUGCCCCUCAACCCCAAAAAGGGACCAAUGAUCCUGGCUCAGCUCCCCUUCAUCCUGGAGGGCUUCUACCGGGAGGACCAGGAGGGCAUCCUAGCAGCCAUGGACACAGCGACCCUCACCGCCCGCAGCCUGGGUUCUCGGGGACUUGGCCACCUCAGUGAGGAGAUCGUCCUCAUGCUGGGCCCGUUCUUUGAUGAUGAGAGACCCCAAGUGAGGGCUGCAGCACUGGAGCUGCUGGCAGCUGUGGCCGGCGGCUGGGUGACUGAGGAGGAAGCCUGCCUGCAGCAGGAACUGAUCCGCUGCCUCCUCCCAGUCCUGCUCCACAUAAAGGAUGAGCACCCUACAGUGCGCAAAAAAGCCAGAUAUACAUUCUUCUGGCUGGCCCAGAGCAUUGGCUGGAGAUAUACCCACAUAAUCGGAUGGAAGCUGAGGGGGGAAGAGAGGGAGUGCGUGGCCUAUGGUACCAUCUGGCAGGCCUUGAUGGAGAGCUUUGAGGACAGCCAUCACAUUUUCUUGUCCCAAGCUCUGGCGUAUACCAACUGCCUCCAGCCAGAUGUGAAAUUUGCAGCUGUGCUCUUCCUUGUAUACACCAUCACCAUCAAUCUGGAAAACCUGCUGCUCUCUGAUGAAGACUUGGAAUUCAUUUCCCAGAAAAUUCAAUCUCUACAAAAUGACCCCUCGACCAAGAUCCGCAGAUUCCUGAGAUCCCACGAGAUGAGCCUGGCAGAAAAUGACGGCCUGUUCUUCUAAGGCUUCCAGCCCAUGGGAGAACAAGAAGUCAAAGAGGAUGAGGUGGUGUCAGAAUGGUCCUGGGACAGC